GGGUUCUGCCUCUUGCAGCUGGACCCUUUCUAUGCCUCCAUCAUCCUGUUUGUGGGGCGAGCAUGGGACGCCGUCACGGACCCCAUGGUGGGCUUCUUCAUCAGCAAAACCUCCUGGACCCGCAUUGGCCGCCUGAUGCCAUGGAUCAUCAUCUCCACCCCGUUUGCCAUCCUCUCCUACUUCCUGAUAUGGUUUGUGCCGGACAUCUCCAGCGGCCAAGUGCUGUGGUACCUUGUCUUCUACUGCCUCUUCCAGACGCUGGUGACGUGCUUCCACGUGCCUUACUCGGCGCUGACCAUGUUCAUCAGCAGCGAGCAGAGCGAGCGGGACUCGGCCACCGCCUACCGUAUGACGGUGGAAGUGCUGGGCACUGUGCUGGGCACCGCCAUCCAGGGCCAGAUCGUGGGCAAGGCGGAUACUCCCUGCAUCCAGAAUCCUGUGUUCCUUGGUGACACCAACUCCUCGGUGGCCAUGGAGGAGGUGAACAUGACGCACGACACCGGCUCGCUCACGGACACGAAAAACGCCUACAUGAUUGCAGCGGGGGUCAUUGGAGGCCUCUACAUCCUCUGCGCCGUGAUCCUGUCGCUGGGCGUGCGGGAGAAGAGAGAGGCCUCGGAGCUGCAGUCGGACGAGCCCGUCUCUUUUUUCCGGGGGCUGAAGCUGGUGAUGAACCACGGUGCCUACAUCAAGCUCAUCACCGGCUUCCUCUUCACCUCGCUGGCCUUCAUGCUGCUGGAGGGCAACUUUGCCCUGUUCUGCACCUACACGUUGGGCUUCCGCAACGAGUUCCAGAACAUCCUCCUGGCCAUCAUGCUCUCUGCCACCCUGACCAUUCCCCUCUGGCAGUGGUUUCUCACCCGCUUUGGGAAGAAGACUGCGGUCUACGUGGGCAUCUCGUCUGCCAUCCCCUUCCUCAUCAUGGUGGUUGUCCUGGACAGUAACCUCAUCGUCACCUACAUCGUGGCCGUUGCAGCUGGCAUCAGCGUUGCAGCUGCCUUCCUCCUGCCCUGGUCCAUGCUCCCGGAUGUCAUAGACGACUUCAAGCUGCAGCACCCCGACUCCCGUGGCCAUGAAGCCAUCUUCUUCUCCUUCUACGUCUUCUUCACCAAGUUCGCCUCUGGGGUCUCCCUGGGCAUCUCCACGCUCAGUUUAGACUUCGCAGGGUACCAGACCCGGGGCUGUUCCCAGCCCAGCAAGGUGAAUUUCACCCUGAAGAUGCUGGUGUCGGCUGUGCCCGUGGUGCUGAUCCUGCUGGGCCUGCUCCUGUUCAAGCUCUACCCCAUCGAUGAGGAGAAGCGGAGGAAGAACAAGAAGGCUCUGCAGGACUUAAGGGAGGAGAGCAACAGCAGCUCUGAGUCGGAAAACACAGAACUCGCCAGGAUCGUGUGACCCCGGGUGGGUCCCUCCGUUUACACCUGGGGCUUUUCCAAGGAGCCGACCGGAGCUGGAGCAGCCUCGUGCUGCU